AUGGAUCAAGAUAUCAAAGAGGGCUGGGUUCAAGUCGGAAUACAAGCGUUUCAACCUCUGAUUAUGAAGGAUUCAGUCCAAUUCAAGGCGGGAGGGGCAGAAGCACCAAUUGAGUUUGAUUACGAGUAUCUUGAGAAACAUUGUUUUGUGUGCUUUGCCUUGACACAUGAGGAAAAAGAUUGCCCAAAAAUCUCAAAAGACAAACAAGCUACCCUCCCUAGCCUCGGAAUAAACCAGCAGAAGACCAUAUCUCGACUAGAAGAAGACAAGAGAAGAAGGGGAACUCUACGACCUACUCAUCAAGAGCAAUUGGGAGGAAAAGAAUUGGGUUACUAUCGAACCAAGAGAUCACGAAGUAGAUCACCUUAG